AUGACUGCACUCAAGGUCAUCAGUGCGGCUCUUCUUUCCGGGCUGGUGCUCGCCCAGUACCCCCCAACCCCAGAGGGAUUGACCACAAUCAACUCUGAAAUCCUUCCAGGGGUCACUAUAACUUACAAAGAAGUUCCGGCCAGCAUAUGCGACUCGGCCUCGGCCUCGUAUGCGGGAUAUGUCAACUUCCCGCAAAAUGCGAUGAAGGAUGCAAUCCAAGACUUUCCUGUUCACUUAUUCUUCUGGUAUUUCGAGUCCUAUUCAGACCCCAAAACUUCGCCGUUGUCCAUAUGGCUGCAAGGCGGACCAGGAGGGUCCUCUAUGUUCGGUGCUUUCACGGAAAACGGCCCUUGCAACGUUGCUGAGGACUCCCAAACCACACGCCCAAAUGAAUAUGCCUGGACCAAGUACGCCAACAUGCUAUAUAUCGACCAACCCGUCCAGACUGGCUUCAGUUACGAUAUCUUGACCAAUGGAACUCUGGACCUGGUUAGUGGAAACAUCAUUCCGGAUUGUUCCACACAAGGUCCGUUGAACAAGGUAGGCACGUUUAGCAGCCAAACAUUAACAUAUACUGCCAACACCACCGCCAAUGCCGCACGGCAUCUUUGGAACUUUGCCCAAGUCUGGCUUCAGGAGUUCGAUGUCUACAAGUCCAAAUCCCAGAAUGACCGAGUCAGCCUUUGGACUGAGUCGUACGGUGGUCGCUAUGGUCCUGGGUUCGCUGCGUAUUUCCAUCAGCAGAACGAGAAUCUCAAUAGCAGACGUGACACCUUCAAACCUAUUAACCUCGACACCUUAGGGGUCAUCAACGGAUGUAUAGAUCUCCUUACACAAGAAACAUCCGAUCCGGAGUAUGCUUACAACAAAAAUACUUUCGGCAUUACUGCCAUCAACGAAUCCCAGUAUGAUGCUGCAAUCGAAGCUUACAGCAGGCCAGGCGGUUGCGAAGAGCAGAUCCAAAAUUGUCUUCAACUUGCCAAAGAGAAAGAUCCAGAUAUGUAUGGCAACGCAACGACAGUCAAUGAAGCAUGCUUUGAUACAAGCACCUACUGCCAAGCCGAAGUGGAAGCCGCCUAUAUUUUCACCAGCAAACGAGGUUUCUAUGACAUCUCUCACUGCAACCUAGACCCAUUCCCCCCCAACUAUUUCAUUGGCUACCUGGCCGAUGAUAAGAUCCAGCAGGCUCUAGGCGUCCCAGUUAACUUCACCCUACUCUCGAACACUGUCGGGAAGGCAUUCAACGAAACAGGCGACUACCCAAGACGAGACAGACUGGGCUACCUUGCAGAUAUCGCAUAUCUUCUGGAAUCCGGAGCCCAGGUGGCAUUGCUGUACGGAGAUCGGGACUUUGCCUGCAACUGGGUUGGAGGCGAACAAGCCAGUCUUGACGUCCAGUACAAGUCGUCCUUGGCAUUUCAAAGUGCAGGAUACGCGAACAUCACCUCCAGCUCGGCUGUCUGGGGACAGGUUCGUCAAUAUGGUAGCUUUUCAUUCAGCCGUAUCUACCAGUCUGGUCACAUGGUUCCUUCAUAUCAACCAGAGGCCGCACUGGAGAUUUUCCGACGUGUCAUGGAUGGCAAGGAUAUAGAAACCGGGCAAUUUGAUGUCACGACCAGCUACUCGACUAACGGCACGGCAGAGUCUACACAUACAGACAAGGUGCCAGAUGCCCCGGAACCGACAUGCUACCUUUGGAGCCUGAGUGGCACAUGUGCGAAGAAUCAGAUCGAUGCCGUUGCAGAUAGAACCGCGAAAAUUGAGAAUUAUGUGAUUACGGAUCCAGAGCAACCGAGCGAUGCUUGCCCGUACACUCCUACACCCGGUAACUCACUGGUCCUAAACUUUGGACGUUCGCUGACUUUUUAG